UAAUCAUCAUAAAACGCCAAUUUACUACUAGUCGCGAAAUCUUCCGAAUAUUAUCGAAAUCAAUGGCACCGAAGGCAGAGAAGAAACCGGUGGAGAAGCAACCAAAGGCAGAGAAGAAGAUUACGAAAGAAGGAGGAAGCGAGAGGAAGAAGAAGACUAAGAAGAGCACAGAGACGUACAAGAUCUACCUAUUCAAGGUGUUGAAACAAGUUCAUCCUGAUAUUGGGAUCUCUGGAAAAGCCAUGGGAAUCAUGAACAGUUUCAUCAACGAUACCUUCGAGAAAAUCGCUCAGGAAUCGUCAAAAUUGGCUAGGUAUAACAAGAAGCCGACGAUCACGUCCCGGGAAAUCCAAACCGCCGUAAGGCUCGUGUUGCCUGGUGAAUUAGCGAAGCACGCUGUUUCUGAGGGUACCAAAGCCGUCACUAAAUUCACCAGUUCUUAGAUUAGAUUCUUUUCUUUUCUCUUUGAUUUUAUUUUUCUAGUUCUAUAAUUUCGGAUGGAUUUGUGAUUUUUUCUCGUCUGGUUUAUAUUUUCAUCAGUUGAUCUCAAAGAUAUGAAAAAUAUAUAGAAUUUUCGGCA